AUGGCGGAUGAGAAGAAAUUACGUGAGUUGGAGCAGACGAAGGAUAACAUUGUGGAUUCGGUGGCUUUGUUGGAAAGUUAUGCGAAGGAGUUCGAGGACAGCAAAUUUGCGGGUCAAGUAGAAGCAUGGGCGGAAAAAUUGGAAAAAUUUUACGACGAGUUUCAUCGAGUUGUGGUGAAGUUAGAAAUGUUUUCCACUAAAGAGGAGCCAAUCGACAUAAAAAAGGAACGGCAACGGUUCGACGGUCGCUAUUAUGCUCUCCGAAGCUUCUACUUGACAAAGAUGGCGAAGCAGUCUCGGCCUACCCGUUCCACUACCCCUGCACCACCGAAACCACUAAGUAUUCGACUUCCUGAAAUCAAUCUCCCGAAAUUCACCGGUAAGUUAGAAGACUGGUGUGAUUUUCGCGAUUCGUUUGAAUCCGCUUUAGGUUCACGAAGCGACAUCAGUUCCGUCGAGAAGAUGCACUACUUGAAGGGUCUUGUUCAAGGAGAGGCAGCGCACAUACUCGAUCCGAUAAAGGUAAGCGAACAGGGCUAUAAGGAUGCCUGGCGUACGCUUCGGUUGCGCUUCGAAAACAAACGGCUGUUAAUUAAAUGUCACAUCAAAACGUUAUUCGACAGUCCCGCUAUGCGCAGAGAAUCCGCCGAAGAACUUCUCGCGCUGAUUGAUCGAUUCGAGCAGCAAAUUUCCGUGUUGAAGAGUUUAGGUGAACCAGCAGACCGAUGGAGUUCUAUUCUGGUUUAUCAAAUGUCUAUUCGCCUUGAUCCGUGUACGCUUCGGGAAUGGGAGAACUAUUGUAGCAAACUUGAUGCCGACAAUUUGGGAGGAGCCGCAAUCACAUUCGACGACAUAGAACCUGACGGUUCUAUUUCAAUGUCAUCGUACGUGACAAUGGCCAUGUAUCUCCAAAACUAUGCUCGAGUACUGCAAGCCGUGUCUCCGUCGAUGUCGAACGUAUCUUUUCGAAAUAAGCCAAGCCUAACAAGCAAGGCUGCAGCCUUCCCCGUCACCUCUGGACAACCAGCCGAACCAACCAACGCAUCGUCUACAAACGUCGCUAAGCCGAAGGCGUGCGACAUGUGCGGUGAUAGUCAUUACCUGUACAGUUGUCCGGAAUUCCGUAAGAUCAAUCUUCGUCAACGAACCGACCUGCAACAGGUUACCUCUUUGGUCACUGCCACUCAGGCAGCGCUAGUCUCGCCGUCCCAAGUAUUAGUUCCAGGAACUGUUUUCCCUCCGACGGCGCUCGUAAACAUCCGUAACCCUAACGGCCAUAUCGUAACAGCUCGUUGCUUGCUGGACUAUGCAUCCCAACGCAAUUUUGUUUCUACAUCCUUCUGUGAACGACUGCAGUUAUCCCGAAGCCGAUUGCUUCACGCUAUUCCGAUCAGUGGAAUUGGUAACAAGACGACACGGGUUGAACAUCAGACAACGAUAACCAUCUCUUCUCGAGUGACUUCAUUUUCGAUUAAGUGCUCCAUGCUAGUUUUACCCUCAAUAACGGUAAAACUUCCCCAGUCGACGACAGAAGCUCGUCACUGGCCGAUUCCGAAGCACAUAGAGCUUGCUGACCCCACUUUCGCAGUGUCGGGUGACAUCGAGUUGAUCUUAGGCGCCGUGCAUUUCUUUCGUAUUCUUCGAUAUGGUAGAAUAUCUCUCGGCGAUGAUCUACCGCUGCUUCAGAACACCGAGUUUGGAUGGGUGGUUUCUGGAGAGUGCCUGUUAGCCCAUCACGACCAAAGUGAUCCGCACAACUGUCAAUUUAGCAACCCUUGCGCAAUCGAUGAGCUUGUCACCCGAUUCUGGCAGCUUGAAGAAGUACAUGACACGAAAGGAUGGUCUCCAUCAGAACGAUAUUGCGAAGAACACUUUACCAAAAACACCACUAGAGACACGGACGGUCGCUACACCGUCAAGCUUCCCAAACGAGAUGAACUGCUCUGGCAGCUCAAGGAUAAUCGGUAUAAUGCAAUCCGUCGGUUCUUCUCUCUCGAGCGCUCACUUGGAUUGAGCCCCGAACGAAAGUCGAUGUAUCAACAAUUCAUCCACGAGUACGUCAGGCUAGGACAUAUGCGAGAGAUCCGCCCUGAUGAAGAUGACGUGCAACUGCAGUACUUUCUCCCGCAUCACGCCGUAAUGAAGCUUGAUAGUGCUACUACAAAGCUUCGUACCGUAUUCGACGCAUCGUGCCGUUCCAAAUCUGGCAUUUCGUUGAACGAUGUCCUACUAGCAGGUCCCACCAUUCCGGACUCUCUAGUUACGAUAGUCCUUCGGUUCCGUAUACAUCAGUUUGUCAUCUCUGCGGACAUUGACAAAAUGUACCGGCAGAUUGUUGUUCACCCAGAUGACCAACCGCUUCAACGCAUAGUCUGGCGCGAUGAUCCUAGUUCUGACCUGAAGACGUUUCAGCUACGCACCGUGACAUAUGGUACGAGUUGUGCCCCAUUCCUAGCAACUAGAGUGUUGCAACAGCUAGCCGAUGACGAAGGACAUUGUUAUCCGUUAGCCGAAUCAUCGCUACGCCAUGAUUUUUAUGUAGACAAUUUACUUUCCGGGUCAGAUAACGCUGAGUCUCUCGCCGCUACCUGCGAACAGCUCAUUUCCAUGUUGACUAGUGCUGGAUUGCCUCUUCGACAGUGGUCUUCAAAUUGUCAGAUGGUUCUUAACACCAUCCCGUUGGAGCUCCGAGAAACGCAAACAUUACUCGAUUUAGACCAUGAAUCGUCGACUCCCAAUUGGAAGGAAUGUACCGUGUUAAAUAAGCGAGCCAUUCUUUCUCAGAUCAGCAGUCUGUUUGACCCGCUAGGGCUGAUUGGUCCUACAAUUUCUAAAGCUAAGAUUAUGCUGCAAAAUCUUUGGAGACUUCAGCUGGACUGGGACACACCCGUGGCAAAGUCGUUUGCUUGUCAAUGGUAUGAUUUUCAGCAAAACCUUUCUGCAUUGACCGACCUUCGAGUUUCCCGCCCUGUAAUUAGUCCAGGGUAUGAUCGCGUGGAGAUUCAUGGAUUCAGUGACGCAUCGGAAGCUGCGUAUGGUGCCUGCAUAUAUCUUCGCUCAAUACAAUCAGAAGGUUCAUGUACAGUUCGACUACUAAUAUCCAAAUCAAAAGUCGCUCCGAUAGGUAUUCAAACGAUCCCACGACUCGAGCUGUGUGCAGCUCAGUUGCUGGCCAGACUUCUAACGCAGGUUCAGAACAGCACAAACGUUAUUGGCACUGUGUAUUUGUGGACCGAUUCUUCAAUAGUGUUAAACUGGAUAGCAACGAGUCCAUCGGCAUGGAAAACGUUCGUUGCAAAUCGCGUAGCUGAAAUACAAGAGCUAACGUCACACGUCGAAUGGAAUCAUGUUCCGUCCAAGGAUAAUCCCGCCGAUCUUAUUUCUCGAGGAAUGGAUCUUCAAGAGCUCCUCACUAAUGAUCUGUGGUGGACCGGACCUCAAUGGCUAAAUUCAACUCUCGCACCUUGGCCAGAAAAAUAUACUAGCGCGUCUCAGCAAAGUCCGGAGUCCCGGAAAUCUAGAAAGACAGUUGCUUUACCGGUCAUAAAUCAAGAUGUACCAGAUAUCAUCGAUCGAUACUCCAGUCUUCGUCAGUUACUUCGUAUUGCAACGCUUCUCCGACGAUUUACUCAAAACUGUAUUCGCCGCAGGACUCAUCAACCAAUCCUCUCUGGAUCGCUAACGCCGCUUGAGAUCGAUUGUACUCUGCUCAGUCUAGUUCGAAGAGUACAAGAGCAACACUUUUCCCAAGACAUACAGAAACUUCACAGCACUGGAAGAAUCCAUCGAAAAUCUAAAUUACGAUUCUUGCAUCCGCAAAUCGUCGAUGGCAUAAUUCGUGUUGGCGGCCGACUUCACAAUGCAAGAAUCACUGUCGAAGAAAAGCACCCGAUUGUACUACCAAAGCAUCGUCUCACUGAAAUGAUCGCCAGGAGAGAACACCUUCAAACGCUUCAUGCUGGACCAAGCCUGCUGCUAUCAUUACUCCGUCAAAGAUUUUGGCCUCUUAGUGGUCGAAACUUAGUUCGCAAUAUUGUGCAUCGCUGCAUGAUCUGCGCACGGGCAAAACCCAAGCCUCUGCAACAGCUAAUGGGUAAUCUGCCCCCUGUUCGGGUCAACCAAGCUUACCCGUUUCAGAACGUUGGCAUCGAUUUAGCUGGUCCAAUUUUCGUACGUACAUCACUGAGAAACAAACGUACUCCGUUCAUCAAAGCGUACAUCACGGUCUAUAUGUGUAUGGCUACCAAAGCGGUCCAUUUGGAUCUAGUAACAGACUUAACUACCGCAGCAUUCAUUGCUAGUCUGCGAAGGUUUGUCAGUCGCCGAGGAAAGCCUGCUCAUAUAUAUUGCGACAAUGCUACGAACUUUGUAGGCGCACAACGAGAACUGGGAGAACUCCGGAAACUUUUCCGCAGUGAGCAACACCAGAAUGCUGUUGCUAAUAAGUGUUCAGACGAAGGAUUUCAUUUUCACUUUAUUCCACCCCGUUCGCCUACGUUUGGUGGAAUCUGGGAGGCCUGUGUUAAGUCUGUCAAGACCUUGCUCCGUAAAAUACUCGGAAAUGCUCAUCUAACUGAAUCUGAACUGCAAACAGCGUUAGUUCAAGUGGAAGCCAUGUUAAACUCUCGCCCAAUCACUCCGAUGUCGGACAAUCCCUCUGAUGAAAUGGCUCUUACUCCGGGACACUUUCUGAUCGGCCGUUCUCUUAAUUCGAUCCCAGAUCCCGAUUAUCAAGAACUUCCCGAGACGCGACUCUCUCGUUGGGAAAGAGUACAACAGAUAUCUCAACAUUUCUGGUCUCGUUGGCACAAGGAGUAUCUUGCAACGUUACAAAACCGUUAUCGCUGGACUCAAGCCACAGAUAAUUUAGUUGUUGGAUCCAUCGUCGUCUUAAAGGAUGAAAGAAACCCUCCACAGAGAUGGCCCCUGGGACGUGUACUCAGCGUCCAUCCAGGACCAGACGAGCUGGUUCGCGUCGCAACCGUCAAAUGUGGCCUCGGCAUCGUUGAACGAGCACUUUCAAAGUUGUGCCUGCUGCCAGUUGAAAUUGAUCCGUCCACUGUAAUACAAAGUGGAUCUCUGUCCAGUAAUUCCACCGCCACCACGCCAGAGGAGGGUCCUUGCUUAGGGAACAGAGCCGCCGGACACGGUCCCGGCCCCUACUCGGGCCAGCUUGGCUACCGGUCUACGUAUGAUCCCCCUCGCAGUUUUGACUACGGCCUGUCGCACUCUCCCAUCUCCCGCCUUGAUCAACUCCUGUACCCGCCCACGAAUCCAGUUAUUCCGCUUCGACUCAUCGACGAUGAAUACAAGGUUUAA